GAUGGAUCCAAUCUGGCGCUUGCUGCUUAUCAUCGAAAGAGCGGCCUCUUGUUCGGUGACUAGCAUUUAUGUCCGGCGUUCGCCCAUCCCUGGCCGCUAGAUGGUAACUCCCGUCGGCUCCUUGCUCGGUCGCCAGCCAGCUCAGUCAUCCCGUUUACAUUUCUCUCCACUGCCCGUCACUCCCGCUGUUGGGCUGGCCUGGGUUGCCUUAUGUAAUCUCUUCAGUCUGUCGACGAUGGGUCAGAUCAUAUGCUGACCCGCUGACCCGCUCAUUCGGCACAUGACGAAAUGUUUAUCCAAGCAAGCCGGCUCAUCAGCAUUUGAAGACUGGAGGUAUCUAUCGUGCUAUCUUGUCUUAGGUAAGGUAAUGGAGAACUGUAAGGUAGCGAGGAACUGAGGAGGUCAUGCGCUGCAGAUUAUGACGGGCCGCGGGCGGAGACGCCUAGCAUCGGUGGUCAAGCAACCAAUCACCGCCAACUUCGACGUCCGGCCGAGGAGUUGCUUGCUCCGAAUAGCACAGUCGGAAGCUGCCGCGUCGCAGCCGGGGUGCGAGUACAUACGCUGACAUGAAUUGCGUCCAAUAUCAAUCAUCCUGAGAGUUGAAGGCGUCGUCAGCCACCAACGAGGCCAGCAGAACGGUGAAUCAUUUGCAUUUUGGCCAUCCUUUCAAAACCCAGAGUCAAGGUCUUUGACACGCUGGUGCUGUAUUUCGCCAGCAUCUCUUCAAAUUACAUCUUUACGCCCCCAAUUUAUUUCUCAAGCGGGAAAUCCGUUUAGUUCCCCGCAUCAUGACGGUUCUCAGUCAUCUAAAACGAGUCCAUCGACACAAUGUCGCAACUCUGCGUGGCUCCCCCGCCGCAGAGGUGUCUGGCGCCCUCGGUGACUUGGGGACUCUUCUUCCUCUGAUGAUUGCCCUUGCGGUCCAGCACUCCAUUUAUCUCGAUAGCACCUUGGUGUUUUCAGGCAUCUUCAAUGUUGUUACCGGCGCCGUCUUUGGCAUCCCACUUCCAGUCCAGCCGAUGAAGGCCAUCGCCGCGGCAGCCAUCUCCCGGUCCGAAUAUGACGGCAUCAAAACCGUCAUGGCCGCGGGCCAGUGGGUCAGUCUGGCCGUCCUAGUCAUGAGCCUCACCGGCCUACUACGCUGGGUCACGCGAAACGUGCCCGUCCCCGUCGUCAAAGGCAUCCAGCUCGGUGCCGGUCUCUCCCUCGUCAUGGCCGCCGGCUCCGGCCUCCUCCGGGACCUUCACUGGACCCAUCCCGUCCUCGACAACAGGCUGUGGGCCCUGGCCGCCUUUCUCGUGCUCAUCUUCACCCAGGGCCUGCCGCGUUUCCCCUACGCGCUGCACAUUUUCAUUCUGUCGCUCGUCUUCGCCUUCAUCUCCAUCAUGACCUCGCACGACCACCCGUACACCUACCUGCCGGAGCCCAGCCUCUGGACCCCGCACUUCGUGCACUGGGAGUUCAACUGGUUCAAGUACAAGCCGCUGUCGAUGGCCAUCGGCCAGCUCCCGCUCACCACCCUGAACUCGGUCAUCGCGGUGAGCGCCCUCGCGGCGGACCUGCUGCCGGACAUGCCCACGCCGUCCGUGACCGCCAUGGGCAUCAGCGUCGGCGUGAUGAACCUCGUCGGCACCUGGUGGGGUGCCAUGCCGGUGUGCCACGGCGCGGGCGGGCUCGCGGCGCAAUACCGUUUUGGAGCACGCAGCGGCGCGAGCGUCGUGAUCCUCGGCCUCUUCAAGAUCGUGCUGGGCCUCGUGUUUGGCAACUCCCUCAUCGGCCUGCUCACGCACUACCCCAAGAGCCUGCUGGGCGUCAUGGUCAUCGCUGCCGGUCUCGAGCUCGCCAAGGUCGGGCACAGCUUGAAUCACGGGGCUUCUGAUCUGUGGGAGAGCUCUGCCGGCAACGAGGGCGGCGGCGUUGGGGGGCUCGUUAGGCAGCAUCGCUCGCUUUCUGAAGAGGAGAGGGCGGAGAGGUGGACUGUUAUGCUCAUGACCACGGCUGGGCUCCUUGCGUUUAGGAAUGAUGCUAUUGGCUUCAUUGCGGGGAUGUUGUGCUUCUGGGCGUAUCGGGUUUCGGAGAGGACGCAGAAGUGGUGGGAAUCCAGACGAGGCCGGUCUCUGUUUGGCGAGCGAGCGCCGCUUCUGAAUUAGUUGUUUGAGGCGCGAUAUGCUACUUGUAUAACUGCAACAUCGGCGUGACUUUGAAGUCUGCCAGCAUAUAUAAAUGGCGAAUACAAUAUAGGUGCAUUUUGUCCGCUUUGUCCAC